AUGUUUCCUUCUUAUCCAACUUUAGUCGAAGCCAAGAAGAUGUGUUGCCCACCAGAUUCGAGCAUAACCAUUACUAACAUAAGUGCAAAAGUCAAUCUGCAGGACUUGUUGGAUCAUACUGUGGCACGUAUAUUAAUAAUUGAUUCAGUUUACGAAAACAGUUUAAGAAAGUUGAAACUAUUCUGUAAAUGGGGUUGUGAUGAGUCAGCAGGACAGAGUGAAUACAAGCAAGUUUUGCCCGAAGAAAGCGAUGUAAUAUCAGAUGCAAACCUUUUUAUUGCUUCACUUGUACCCAUUAGACUCAUAGAUGAGACAACUAAUACUGUUGUUUGGAUGAAUGAAACUUGCUCAUCUGUAAGAUAUUGCAGACCUGUAUUGUUAGAAUUUGCCAAAGAAACUCCUGAAAAAACCGCGUUUGUUGUGGCUGUUAUCAACAAUCAAAAACAAAAUCUGUCUCCCUCCCUGAUAAAUAAGAAUGGUGAGGUAAACGAAAUUACUCAUGACUUAUUUUUAACCAUGAUUGAUGGUAAAGUGGCACAAGUUUUAACUAAGACUCGUUCGAGCGCUUCUUGUACAGUUUGUGGUGCUACUCCUCAGCAAAUGAAUAACUUAGAGGCAGUUAGUACACGAGAUGUGAACGAAUUUUUCAGAAUUAAUCUUGCUCUGCAGACAUUACAGGUG